UUCAGAAUGAACGACUUCAUUCGCAAAGUCUUCGAAUGCAGUCCACGGUAUCAGGUCUAGAAGAAUCAAGCCAGCUUCUGAAAGGUCAGGUUGAGCAGUAUCUUUCCGAGCUCCAGAUGGUCCAGAAUGAAAAAGAUGCCCUCAUGCGAAAGAACCAUGACCUCCUUACCGAACUGAGAUCUCUGCAAUCCUCUUACAGUUCUGCUAAUAAACAACAAAGGUAUAAUCAAGACUCAAUUCAAAUGUUACAAACUGAGCUCAAUGAAGUAAAAAAUAGCCGAGAUGAGAUUUGUUUCGAGAGUAAAAAUGUUAUUGAUUAUUUUCGAUCCUGGUUACAAGAGCAGAACAAGAUAAACCAGUAUGUGAUGUCUAAGGAAAGAGAGUAUUGCAAUACCAUAGAUAUGUUGAAACGAGAAGCAGAAGAUCUUCGAUAUCAGUGUGUUCCGCCUGUACAAAGGCAGUGUCCCAGAGUUAUCCGUUGCCCUAAAUUCGCGCCACCAACAUGUCAAUCACCCUGGAGUUUGGGCUCUCAAGGAACAGCUUCAGUCCACGAUGACAGUCCCUCUAGAAGUCCGUAUCCAAACGAAUGUGACUGGUAUUCUUCAACUUUCAGGAAUGAGUCUGAGGAGGAGGAAGAAGAAGAGGAAGAAGACUGGGUUAGCAAAGUGGAAGAUUUGGCAGCUCAAGUCAGACGAACAAAUAAGAUGUGGAAAAAUAAAAUGGGCAACUCCGAAUAUACUGUAUCUAAAGAUGCCAAAAAAUAACUAACAAAAUUUUGAUUUUCUACUGACCAUUAGAUAUGUUUUGUGUGAAUUUUUUAUAAUGAAUAUGUGUAGUUAAGUGAUUAUUUAUUGUAUUGCAUAAGUUUUUUUUAUUUUUAUAACAUCUGGUCUACAACUGAUCAAACUGGUCAAAAUUACUGUUUUUAUAUGAAUAAAAUGUCCAAUAAA